AGCUGUCAGCCGCAAACACAAGGGAGUUUUCACGCGCUGUCAACCCUCGUCGCCAUGCCCACUUACAAGCUGACUUACUUUGACAUCCGCGGCCUCGCGGAGAACACGCGGAUCCUCUUCGCGCUGGGGCAGCAGUCCUUCGAGGACGUGCGGCUUUCCUUCUCCUUCGGUGUCCCUGGGGACUUCAGCACGAUCCAGCGCCCCGAGUUCGACGCCAUGAAGGCCGCGGGCGCGCUGGACAGCUCUCUGGGCAAAGUGCCGCUGCUUGAGGUGGAUGGCGCCAAGAUCGGCCAGUCCAAGGCCAUCGAGCGCUUCGUGGCCUCCUCGCUGGGCCUCAUGGGCAGCUCCCCCGUGGAGGCGGCCCAGAUCGAUCAGCUCGGGGAGACCGUGCGCGACAUCAAGGAUGCUUAUCAGAAGGUCAGGGCCAUCCAGGGCGACGAGGAGAAGAAGAAGGGCAUGGACAAGUGGUUCGCGGAAGACCUGCCCAACUGGUGCAAGCUCGCGGAGAAGUCGUUGCCGGCGAGCUCAGGCCCGUGCCUGGUGGGUGCGAAGGCCUCUUUGGCCGACGUGCUCUUCUACACGCUGCUGCUGGCCCCGGGAUGCUUCUUCGACAACACCGAGGGCGCCAAGGCCGCGUUCCAGGACUGCCCCAAGAUGAAGGCCGCUCUGGAGGCCAUGGACGCACUGCCCCAGCUGAAGGAGUACCUCGCCAAGCGCAAGGAGACGCCUUUCUAAGUGAAGUGACAGCCUGUUCCCAGGAUCCGACUCGCGCCUGAGGGGUAAGCCAACGGACAGCAAGUCUUGCAACUUGCGAUCGGUGCGAUGGGUAGGGAAUGAAAACGAGCCCGGG